AAAGAUACUUAUUGCCCGGGCGCAGCCACACGCGCUUCCCUUGCAGUCAAUCAGUUAGCUUUCAUUUGAGCCAAGCAUUGCAGCGAUACAAACCCUCGAGGAAGUCACCCUCGGACUCGAGGAUCCACAUGAGGUUUAACGGAUGAAACCAACUCGCUGGGCGCCAAACGAAAGCUAUGGGGUGAAAGAAUGACAGCGGCGGUACUGCACGUGAAGCCUCCGCGGGGAAACCCGAGACACUCACACACCCAAACGCGUGGUCACGUGGCCAGGCGUCGGAUUUAACAGCUUUGCCCCCUUUGGGUAAUAAUUGCUUCGCGGGUGCCGGCGGGAAAACGUCAUCAUCACCGUGUCAUCCACACGAAGGACAAUGAUGGAGCCUUCGGGCGAGGAGCGCCCCGACAAUAAGGACACGGAGGAUGAAUCUGAAACCCUCAAAUAUCAACUCCUCGGACCCUCCUUGACCAAGGCUGGCCAAGAUGCAGUGGAUCAGCGAAAGGUGUCCGAAGUCAUCUAUAACGCCUCCAAGGGCUCUAAAUUUUUCAACCACGAGCAGAACCGCGACCGGGUUCUAACAGAGAAGAUCGCGCGGCUUCUGCGCGAAAAGGCCCACCUCGAGACGCUUGAUCUCUCGUCCAAUCUGCGGCGCGCCGACCAGCUGAUCGCGGAGCUGGAGCUUACGCGGGACCUGACGCAGUAUGUCGUGCACGUCGACUGCGACGCCUUCUUCGCAGCCGUCGAGGAGCUCGACCACCCGGAGCUGAAGACCGUGCCCAUGGCCGUCGGCAAGGGUGUCCUGACGACAUGCAACUACGAGGCGCGCAAGUUCGGCGUCCGGAGCGGGAUGGCCUCUUUCGUGGCUAAGAAGCUUUGCCCGCAGCUGAUCUGCGUGCCCAUGAACUAUGACAAGUACAGCGCCAAGGCGAAGGAGAUCCGGGCGGUCUUCGCGCGGUACGACCCGCUCUUUGAAAGCGCGAGCAUCGACGAGGCAUACCUGAACCUGACGGCCUACUGUGUAGAGAAUGGGGUGGGUGCCGAGGAGACAGUCGAGCGGAUGCGCGCCGAAGUCCUGGCAGAGACCAAGAUCUCGGUUUCGGCGGGGAUUGCGGCGAAUGCCAAGCUGGCGAAGAUCGCCUCGAAUCGCAACAAGCCAAACGGUCAGUUCUGUGUGCCGAGUGAGAGAGGAGCUAUUAUGGAGUUCAUGAAGGAGUUGCCGGUGCGAAAGGUGAAUGGGGUCGGGCGGGUGUUUGAGCGCGAGCUAGAGGCCAUCGGCAUCAAGACGUGCGGCGAUAUCUUUCCUCAAAGGGCAUACCUAACACGUUUGUUCGGGGAGAAAGCAGCCUACUUUCUACUGCAGUGUUAUUUGGGGCUGGGAAGGACGAAAAUUCAACCGGUCGAGAACUAUGAGAGGAAGAGUGUGGGCACGGAGAGUACAUUCCAUGAUAUGGGAGGCAAAGAGGAGCUCCGGGCGAAGCUAUGGUCAACGGCUGAGGAGCUGGAAAAGGACCUCGCUCGCACGGAGUUCAAAGGUCGUACACUGGUGUUGAAGGUCAAGCUGGCUACGUACGAAGUGCUCUCGCGACAAUGCCAACCCCCGCGGGCUGUGUCUACAGCUAAAGAUCUCUACGCAUUCUCUCUUCCAAUGCUAGAAAAACUUGAGAAGGAGAUUCCCAACAUGAAGCUUCGAUUGCUUGGUCUGCGCUGUACCAACCUCGUGAGCACCAAGAAAGUCGGGAUGGAGUUCUUCGGUUUCACACCUCGGCCGAAAUCAACUUUGUGCCCGUCCGCCGACAAUACACUGGAGCAGGAGAUUGGUGCGGAGGAAGCUUUUGAGAGAGCUGCUCUCCAGGAGCUGCAGGAUGAUAUGAAUGAGAUCGAAAAGCUCAGCCAGGAGGUUCUUGAGAACACUGAUGUCGAAGGCAAGCCAAGCUCUGAGGAAACAGCGCCCGCGUACUGGGAUUGUCCCAUCUGCUCAAGACCCCAAGUUGCGGACGAUAAGGUCUUCAAUGAUCAUGUCGACUAUUGUCUUUCCAAGCAGACCAUCAGAGAGGCGGUUCAAGGUGCUACUGAGCACGUCCGCGAGGAAACACCGUCGGCUACGUCCAGGACGCGCAAGCGCAGAACGCCUGCACAGGAAUCCCCGGAUCCGCGACAAAAGAGGCUUUUCUUUUCGUGACAUGCUGCAUCGCAUUAUGCUGCGUGCCGUGUCGAUCUUGCCUUUCUGAGUAUUGUCUCAUGGGAUGUGUCUUGUUCGGAUUCAUCCCUUGUUCCUCGGCGGGUCCUUGGAAAAUAUACCCUGCUAAGCGAUAGCAUCUUGACUCAACUCGUCAUUCUGGAACAAUACGAUAGACAGCCAUAUA